CACGGCAGGCCAAGGGUUAAGAGGAGCGGAGCUGCAUUCCUAGAUCAGACAGGAAAAGAAGGGGAAGCAGGCUGGUCCUCCCGAGCCCAAGCCCCGCCCUCCGCAGCGCCUUCCUUGCUCGAGAGGAAGGGAUCUGCCCGCUCUCCUCUGGGAUCUGGUGAGCCUCCCCUCCCUUCGCCAGAGGGUGCGUUGGGGGUCUUCCCAAUCCAUGCAGCGUGGGACCCCCCUCCCCCAUGCACGGUCAAAGGUGGAACCGUUCAGGGAGGGGGAAGGUUCCUCAUCCAUCUUGGGGGCGGAGGAGCAGCAGCAGCUGUGGCAGCAGCUCAGGUUGGGGGCAGGAGCCUUGUGGGGGAAGAGGCGGAGGGGUGGGGCAGCCCGAUCACCCUGGUCGCCCUCCUUUGAACACCUCCCAGCUUGCCAAUGUCCUUCCUAAAUUGUGGGGCCCACAACUCCAGGAGGGGUCUGCCCAGGGCAGAAGAGAGUGGUGCUGUGAAUUCCCUUGAUCUGGACUCUAGACGUCUGUGGAUGCAGCCUACAAUCUACAAAACCCCCUAUGUUCUCCAUCUUACACUUGGGUAGCUGGUUCCCCCUGCCUAAGUGAAGAAUCUUACAUUUGUCCCUCUGGAAAUUCCUGAGUGACAUCUGUACUUUCUCUAAGGUCCAUCUUUAGUUAGAAAGGCAGUGUAUCACGUCUUGAGAGAAGCGUCAUGCACUCCUGGCUUCCCACUUACCUUUGUCUCUCGCAGGUGACAGGAGAUAGCCAGCAAGACCUCCUCAUCCAUCUUUUCUGGAACCAGCUCAGGUAGGGGAAAGCGGUUUUGUGGGGAAAGAGGCGGAGGGGUGGGGCAGCCAGGGGGCCUCUGGAGUCCCAGGAAUCUCUCGCCUCUUCCUCUUGGCUUCUGUCAAAACAGCCCUUAACAAAGACUGACAAUGUUAUUGAAGAAGGUUUACGUGCUAAGAAUAAGCAACCUCCACCUCACCUUAAUUCUCCUUCUGAAUGUCAUUACCGUUAUUUAUCAAUCGUUGCAGCCUUAUUUGUCUAUUUAUUGUGAAAUCCUAAAAUACGCUUCUCAACAGUUUACCAACCAUUAAAAAACCCCACAGUAACCAGGACUAAGGUUGGGCCAUAACUGCUUUUCAACAUCUAAGGUACCGCCAGCUAAACACCACACUAGGGCGAUAUAUCACAAUAUUGGAAAGGAGCCCAUUUCAAAGCAGCAAUGGGUGAGGCAGGCGGGCGAACUCUCACCCACUGCCUUGAGACAGGCAAGGGGGACUGGUGAGGCUCAGCUGGGGGGCAGGAGGGCUUCUUUGGGUCUUCUCGCUCCCCAGCUGAGCAAGCCCCAUGUCCCACUGGUGCGCAUCCAGGCCUAACCAGGAUUCGCCUAACCAGCCCCAUCUGUUUCCCCAGCAUCUGCACAUUGUCCCGCAUGUGCUCCUUGAAGUUCACCUUGGGGCAUUAGGAGAACCAUGCACACAACAGACAAUAAAAUAAUUACAUUAAGAUGUUAAAAGAAGCAAAACAAUCCCAUUAAAACAGGGCGGUACUUAACAGGCAGGAAACGAAAAAACUCCCCACAAUUCAUAGAGGAUAAUCUUCAUACUGGUUAAGAGGAAGACCUUUCUCUCUCUCUUUUUAAAGAGUUCACUGUCCUUUGAAGACGUCGCUGUUUGUUUCCUGCUUGAGCAGUGGGCAUUGCUGGAUCCUGAUUAGAGAGCUCUGCAAAGGGAAGUUAUAGUCGAGAAUUGUGGGAUCAUGGCCUCUCUGGGUAAGGCUGUCUGAUGAAGCUUAAUAUCUGUUUUGAAAUUCCAUACAUAUAUGUGGUGAACCUCCCAGAUUUUGAUGGAUUUUGACAGCGCCACCUACAGCAUCUGGGAUUCUCACACCCACACAAUUUACCUUGAAUGGAGGCUACUGAAUGUUUUGCCUGCCAAUAUUCUUCCACCACUUAGGCCUUUUUAAACAAGGAUCAGGCUGGUGUGAACUGCCCAGGCCUUUUUUUAAAGCAGGCUUCAGAGUGGUUAUGGAAGUGGACGUAGCUUCUGUCCUUUAUUAUUAUUAUUAUUGAAAGCUUUCAACAUACAAUGCAACAAAAACCAAACUAAUAUAAAUAUAGAGAAGAAAACAACAGAAACGAAAAAGAGAGAAAAGUUAAGUAUCAUAAAAACGGAGAAGAUGGAACCAGGUAAUGCCUUCUUAAGAGGCAUUAAUGCUUUAUAUAAGGAACAAUGGACAAAGAUGAUAAUAAACAAUGUUGUCUCAGAGAAAUGUAACAUUAGGAAAGGAAAAAGACAAUGGUGCCCACUCUCUCUGUUAUUAUUUAUCCUUACCUUAGAAAUAUUACUGCAAAAUGUUAGGAAUAAUGACAAAAACAGGGGAAUAAAAGUCGGCAAACAAAAUUAUAAAACAAAAGAUGAUAUUGUCUUAACCCUGGAAGAACCUCUAGAAGGUAUAUUAGAGUUAUUAAAGGAGGUAAUUGAAUUUGGAAAAUUGGCGGGUUUUAAAAUAAAUAAAGAUAAAACCAAAAUGUUAGUUAAAAACAUGGGUAACCAAGCUAAAAUGAAUUUAGGGAAAAUUACCGGCUGGGAAAUAGAGAAAAAAGUGAAGUGUUUAGGAAUGUGGGUAUCGACAAAGGAUCAUAUUGUCCAUAAUGAUAUCAAUGCGAAAACUUUUGGGGGGGAAUUAAAAAGAUUUAGAUACGUGAGACAGAAUGCAAUGGGGAGAAUCUUGGCAAUAAUAUUCUCCCAAAAAUUCUAUUUUUAUUCCAAACAAUCCCAAUACUUAAUGACACACGAUGCCUAAAAGAUUGACAAAAAAGACCUGUUUAAGUUUAUUCUGAGGGGGAAUAAACGUAGGAUAAAACAUAAGAUUCUCAUUGAUAGAAAAGACAGAGGAGGGUCUGCACUCCCAUAUUUGGAAUUGUAUUUUGAAGCUGCCUGCCUGUGUUGGAUAAAAGACUAGAUACUGCUGGAAAACACACAGCUCCUAGACUUGGAGGGUCACGAUGUCAAACACAGCUGGCAUGCUUGAAUCUGGUAUGGCAAAGUGGGAAGACGACAAACCUUCACCAACCAUGUUAUUAGAAAAAACUUAAUUUAGGGCGUGGGGAAAAUACAAAAAAGAAAAGAAAACACUUUCAGGAAUUGGGGGCUCCAUUUCUUGCUGAGGCUCUAAUCCAUUUCUCUCUUUGCUGCAGAUGGUGAUGAAUCAGAAAUGAAGAACAAGGGAGACCGUGAUGAAAUCCCCACAGAGGAGAAACCAAGUAAAUAUUUGGAAUGUGGAAAGAGCUUUAGUCAAAGCCCCCAUUCAGGUUCCCAAAAAAGGACUCCCACUGGGAAGAAAGCCUACCAGUGCUUGGACUGUGGGAAGAGCUUCAAUCAGAGGGGUCAUCUCACUAUCCAUGAAAGAAUUCAUACAGGGGAGAAACCAUAUAAGUGCUUGGAAUGUGGGAAGAGCUUUAGUUACAGGUGCAGCCUUAGUUCCCAUCAAAGAAUUCACACAGGGGAGAAACCUUAUCAGUGCAUGGAAUGUGGAAAGAGGUUUAUUCGGGGGGAACAACUCAUGGUCCACCAAAGAAUUCAUACAGGGGAGAAACCUUUUCAGUGCUUGGAAUGUGGAAAGAGCUUUAGUCAAAGUGCCACUCUCACUUCCCAUCAAAGAAUUCAUACAAGAGAAAAACCUUAUCAGUGUUUGGAAUGUGGGCAGAGCUUCAACUGGAAAUAUAAUCUCACUUCCCAUCAAAGAAUUCAUAGAAGAGAAAAACCUUAUCAGUGCUUAGAAUGCGGGCAGAGUUUCAGGGAAAGCGCCAAGCUCACUUCCCAUCAAAGAAUUCAUACAGGGGAGAAACCCUAUAAGUGCUUGGAAUGUGGAAAGAGCUUUAAACAGAAGGGAGGUCUAACUUCCCAUCAAAUAAUUCAUACAGGGGAGAAACCAUUUCAGUGUAGGGAAUGUGGGAGGAGAUUCACUCAUAGUGGCAAUCUCACUUCCCAUGAAAGAACACAUACCUGGGAGAGCCCAUAUAAAUGCUUGGAAUGUGGAAGAAGUUUUAGUCAGGACUCCUAUCUCAUUUCCCAUCAAAUAAUUCAUACAGGGGCAAGACCAUAUAAAUGCUUGGAAUGUGGAAAGAGUUUUAGUCAGGAGUCCUAUCUUACUUCCCAUCAAAGAACUCACAGUGGGGAGAAUCACAGUCUCCCAGAAUCAUUGAAUUGUUGCAUUGGAUUGGAUGGUGAGGGUCGUCUUCUCCAAACCCCUGCAAUGAAGGAUAUUCAACAAAAGAAUUCAUGACAGAUGGCAAUCCAGUCUUUGCCUUAAAACCUUCAAUUCAAGAAGAGUCCACCAGAAAAGUCUGCCAGAAGAGUACUGCCAGAAAAUUCUGCCUGAUGUUUAAUCAGAUUCUCCUUUCUUGUAACUUGAAUGGAUUUGUUUGGGUCCUUCCACUGGAGCAGGAGAAAGCAAGCUUGCUCCCUCUUCCAUGGCACAGCUCUUUAGAUAUUGGAAGACGGCUUUCACAUCUCCUUCUCAAUCUUCUCUUCUCCAUGAUAAACAUCCCCAUCUCCCUCAACUGUCCCUCAUUAGGCUUGGUUUCCAGACCCUUGAUCGCCUUGGUCUCCCUCCUCUGCACCCAUUCCAGCUCAUCAGGGAUGAAGCUCACUCAGAAUCUGGCACAAAAGGUUUGGCCCCAGAGACAUCAAAGCCAUUGUGGAGAUACAAAGGAAGCAUCUUGCAAAAGGGAUGGAGGUAAUCCAAAAUGCACCAUCCGUAGUGAAGUGCAUUAACUGUGUUACUGAGAGGAAGCUGAAACCUCCUUUCCCGCCAUGUUUGCAACAUAUCUUUCCUGCAUUUCAAGGGGUUUGACUAAAGGACCCUCUGUGCUCCUUCCAACUCUACUGCACUAUGAUUCUCUUAUCCUGUCUUGAUGCAGCUUAGAAUUGCAUUAGCCUUUCUUUGUUGGUGCUUCACUCUGUUGACAUAAGAGCCCUAGAUGCUUUUUAUGUGUACUACUGGCUAGCUAGUUGUCCCUCAUCUUAUAUUUGUGCAGCUGGUUGUGCCUGCCUAAAUGCGCAUCCUGACAUAUUGAAAUUCAUUAAUUGCAUUCCUAUAACACCCUGUCCUUGAAGGUGCUGUUACACGGUUCUUCCCUAUCUCAUUUAAUGCUGACUAUAUAAUCCUGUGAGGUAAGUUUGGUUGUGAAGCAGUUCCUGGCCUCCAAGGUCACACAGUGAGCUUCAUGGCUGAGUGGGGAUUUGAACCCAGGUCUGCCAGGUCAUAGUCCAGCACUCUAACCACUAUAUCACACUAGCUCUAUAAUGAAACUCUCAGAAAGUGUGCAUGCAUUUUUUAUUUUUAUAUUGUAUUUUUACACCAUGAAUCGCCCUGAGAUCUUUGAAUGGUGGUAUAACAUUUUACAAACAGCCAAAUAAAUAGAUAAAAUUAAAGUCGUUAGAAAUAACUCAUAAAAAAUACACAACCAAACUAAAGAAUAGCCACAUAAAUCACAAGAAGAUGUAAAAUAAAGAUACAAAUACCAACCUCAGAACACCCGACCAUACCUCCUAAGUCCAAGGGUUUAUUCAGCAGCCUCAGCUUUUGUAGCUGGAGUCAGUCUGUCCACCAGUCACUCUAGGGCCUACUCUUCCAGGCCACUUGUGAAAAGGCCUACAAGGCAGGGAGCAGGUCUUCCAGGACUCACGGCCAAGAUGGUAUCUGGCCUUUUCAAUAGAGACACUUGGAGUGGGGAGUGAGGGGGUAGUAGCAGGGUUGGUUAGAGCAGUAAAAUAGGAACAGCAUAAUAAUGCCCCUUGUUUCAGUUUUAAUAAAGUAAAAAAAAGGAACAGGAACAUCUGAAAGCACAUGCUUAUGUACACAAAGUUACCUUGAACUUCUUGUUUAUGAUUUAAUAAAUCAGUUACACUCCAGACGCAUCAUUCCUUGGUAUGUUGGUUGUGAGGUGUUCAGAUAAGAGUCAUGGGGGUGGCAGCGGGAAGAAAGGGGGGUUUGGUGGAAGACCCAGUAAAGACUGAGCUCACAGCUGGGCCCCUUGAAUACAGUGGGAAGGUAGCGCAGGAGGGUGUGGGCACUGCCAGAGCGAAGGUGGUAGCGGCACAACAUGGGGAGAUAAACGCAGCCUCUGCAUCUGAAGUGUUCAAAAUGCUUCAUAAAAAGAAACUCUUACAACAUACCUGUGAAGUGAACUGGUAGCAUUACCCCAAUGAUGCUACUGUUGCUUCACUGUCUUCUAGUUAUGGCAGGUGUUGCAGUUAAAUACUCUUGAAACAGCCCCACUGUUAGAGGAAGGGGGGUGCGGUGAGGGUGGGCGGCCCCGAGUGUCAUCUCUGGGGGGGGUGACAUUGCCCCCUGGACACUUGCUGCAGGUAGCGCCCCUGUGGGUGGCUAGCCCUGCCCCCAGGUGCACAGCUUGUGUGCUGCUCCAGGUGCCAGAGCAGCCAGCUCGGCCUCUGCACAGCCCAGCUUCCUUCACUGCCUAAUGCUUUCCCUCAGCCUCCCUCUCUC